CGUCAAGUUAAUAAUAAGUUAAUAGUAUUCCAAUGUUGACAGAAAUUAUGUCAUGGUAUGCCUUCUUCACUUGUUGAGUUGGCUUGAGUGCCAAAUUCAUAACUGCUCCUCUCAGAAAGGAAGAUGGAAAGCACGUUGAGAUGAGUAAAAAGGCUAAGACAUAUCAGUAUCAUGACUGGGUGUCUCUUUUGUACUCAGUAUUACUCAUUGGACUGUUUGCGAUGAUCUACAAAGAUCAUGGCUUUGAGCUCAACAGACCAGGAACAGAAAUAGAUAGACACAUAAUGAUUCUUGGAGUGGCCUGGUACACCUUUGAUUUGAUUAUCAAAGCUUAUGCUGGAAUCAUCAACAGCUUUGUGACUGCCCAUCACAUCUUUACAGUGCUAUCCAUGUUAGGAUGAUAUAUCCGAAAUGAAACACACGCAUUUGGAGCUGUUGCUUUAUUUAUUAAUGACGCAUCAAUGAUUUGAUUUGUCUUAAAAAGAACUUUUGAAAGGAUGAACUUGGAGUUAGACGAUGAUAGGUUCAAGAUAAACUUCAUCAGCCUUACCAUUAGCUUUGUGAUUACUAGAGUCUGGGGCAACUUCUGGCUGCUCUAUACUUAUGCCGUGAGUAUCGGAAAUAAUCCUCUGAUAAUUAUUUUGAAUUCUCCAACUGUUGCCUUUGGAGCUAUAAUAUCUAUUAAAUUCCUGAGCAAGUUAUGGAAGCAUAUCCCGGAAUGGAGCUCCAACCCAGAGAGAGUUGAAGAGAUGGCACUAUGGAAGAACGUUAGAGUCAUGUUCAAGACUUAUAACAGCAGAGGGAUGCUUAAGAAGUUGGUUGAUUGCGCCAUUUACAUAGUCUCUGUUCUCACUCCGAUCGCUCUUUCUAUUUACUUCAGCUACUCUAUAGGCGUGUCUGAAGAUAAUUAAUUUGUUUCUAAAAUUACGCUGAAAUAUUUUUUGAAAAAUUCUGCAUUAGUAUCUGGACUUUUAUCACUUUCUGGAAGGGAUUUUAAAUAAUUGGAUUAAUAGUAAUGAAGUUACAUUUAGAUGCACAUAAAAUUGGUUGAAAUAUCUAUAUUUCAAGACGAAAUCUUAUGGCAACCGAAAAAGCCAAAAAAGCUUGUAAAAAUUUAAAUUUGAACACUUCAUUUCGAUCUAGGGUAUCACAGUGAUCUCUUCAUCCAGAUUAAAGGUAUGACGUAAUUUUUAAACCCAUUCUCACUCCAAAUCCCCUAUGUAUUCUAAUGUUAAACCCUCAGAACCCCCAGAAUCCCCUCUCCACCUCCAAAGCACCUCUCUCACCCACAUUUCCCUUCUUCAGUCCCCACUAGACGCCCUCUUCUUCCUC